AUCGUAAACAUUAAAAACUGAAAUUUUUAGGGUUAGGGCUUAUCACUCUCAUCAUAACCAUAAACCAUAUUCCUUAGUAGAUUGAUUGAGCAGCAGAGGGAAAAUGUCGAAGAAGAACAACCUUGCCAAGAGAAAGAAGCAGUACGAAUUCGAUCUUCGAAGAGAGGAACAAGAGAAGCAAAAAAAAGAGAAGAAGCUCCAAGCGAAGAAAAACAAGAUGAAGGUUGAUGGUAGUAACAAGAAAGAGAAACGUGGAUUUCAAGUGGGGAAGAAAGUGAAGACCAAGUUGACUGCUCUUGCUAAAGCUAAAGCUGCCCAGGCAAUGGAGCUUGACAAAUGAGGUUUGACUUGUGUAAUUGACAGUGUUUUGUAAUUUGUUCAGCUAUAAGACUUUAGGGUGUGAACGGUAUAUUAGGCGAUUAAUUUUAUUUAUAAUUAAUUAUUGCCUCUUUGUUACAAAUUUUGGUCUAGUGAACGGGAUACUUUUAUUUCUACAUCAUAUUCAAUUUGUUUGGCACUUGAGAAAUGUAUGAGAAAUAGGCAAGAUAGAUGAGAAAUAAAAAAAAUAAAAAAAAGUGAGUGUAUGAAAGCAAAGAGAAAUAAAAAGUGGCGUGACCCAUGAGUUAUAAUUUUCA